AUGACUUCAACACGAAACUGUGCAACAAGUUCAGUGCGAGUUUACCUGGAUUAUGACCAGGAAUCUAUCCCUCCACACCCGGGCCCGAAUUGGACUCGCUUCGUAUGCAUUUCUGAUACGCAUUCUCGAGUCUUCUCCAUUCCAGCAGGGGAUGUUCUGUUACACGCUGGAGAUCUCAGCAGCUGGGGCCAUCCACAUCAGUUGCAUACCACGCUCCUGUGGUUGAAAUCACAAAAACACCCCACAAAAAUGUUUCUAUCCACUGGAUUUGAUCUAAAGAGACUUCCGCUAAUGCUGACACUUGCUCCCAGAAUUAUAGCAGGAAACCAUGAUGUAAAUGCUUUAUUUAAACUACGAAAGAACCAACACGGCGAUACCACACUGGAGAAGGAGGAAAUUGAACAACUUCGUGAGAUACGGACGAUUAUGAAGAGCGAUGCCUUGCGCGAGGCCGACAUAUACUACUUGGAGCAUGAACCUUUCGCUUUCGUGACACCAGCUGGUCGAACAUGGAAGGCCUAUGGUUCUCCAGCCGCUCGGAAAUACGCUCGAGGAGCCUUCCAGUAUUCCUCGUCUGACGAAGCCUCAGCGAUAUACCAGAAGAUCCCAACCGACACUGAAAUUCUUCUGACCCACACGCCUCCUUACAUGACUCUUGACCGGACGAGACGUGAAAAGAAUGCUGGGUGUCGACAACUUGCCGAAAGGCUUGCGACGCUGGAGACUUGCCGAUUGCAUGUGUUCGGACAUAUUCACGAGGCGCACGGGGCAGAUAUAAUCACAGAGGGCGGCGUUGAGCGGGUGGCUGUUAACGCUGCAGUUGCCCAUCUGGGUUCUCAAGCAGUUCUUGUAGACUUACGAAACUGA